AUGAUUCCAGUGAUAGCGAUAUCGGCGAUAGCAUUGCUGGCGAUGAUUCCAGUGAUAGCGAUAUCAGCGGUAGCGUUGCUAGUGAUGAUUCCCGUUAUAGCGAUAUCAGCGGUAGCAUUGCUGGUGAUGAUUCCAGUGAAAGCGAUAUCAGCGGUAGAAUUUCUGGCGAUGAUUUCAGUGAUAGCGAUAUCAACGGAAGCAUUGCUGGCGAUGAUUCCAGUGAAAGCGAUAUUAGCAGUAGCAUUGCUGGCGAUGAUUCCAGUGAUAGCUAUAUCAACGGCGUGGCGGGAAAACUUCAUGGAGAAUGUGACUCUGGCGGAGCUGAACAAAACCUUGGCGGAGCUCCUUAUUCCCGCAAUCAUCUUUUUCGCGAUCCUCAUGGUUGUCGGUGUGUUUGGCAACAUUCUCGUCGUCUACGUCUAUACCUUCAAGUACUCACCGUCCACAUACCGCUCGUUUAUUUUAUGGCUGGGUUGGAUAGACCUCAUAGCUUGUACUGUUGGGAUGCCUCUCUUGAUCGCCAGGAUAUUCCACGUUCGGAUUGGUAGUACGAUCAUGCGUCAUCAUAAGUUUAUUCGUGCAAAUACUUGUUCAUUUAUCGGCAUGAAAAGCACUACGAGUGGAGAACAGGAGUCUCGGAAGACUGAAUAUCUUCGUGUUGACGAACCGGGAACUAGCCGGAGUUCAAUUGGACAUGGUUUACGGACAAAGCAAGUGACUUUAAUGUUGUUCAUUAUCACAGUUGUGUUUGUGUUAAGUUUUAUACCUCACUUGGUUCUCAUGGUGACGAUUUCUAUAAAAUCCGACUUUCUUAAAGAGAUGUCUCCGGCUGGUGUGGCGAUGUAUAAUAUAUUUCUGCGUUCCUUUGUGAUCAACAGCAUGGCCAAUCCAGUCAUAUACGGCUUCUGUGACACAAAAUUCAGAUGCGAAUGCGCUACUGUGGCCUCCAACGUGCGCAGAUUUGGGAGAAGAAACAUUGCUGGCGAUGAUUCCAGUGAUAGCGAUAUCAGCGGUAGCAUUGCUGGUGAUGAUUCCAGUGAUAGCGAUAUAAACGGAGUGAUAGCGAUAUGA